CCUUAUGCAGCUGCUUGUCAACAAGAUGGCCUUCCUCGCUCUGUCGUGUUGACACUGAUUAUUUUGGUAUCCCACUGCACAUACCGUAAAAGCUUGUGUCACUUCUAAAUAGAUAGCGUGAGAGGGGCCGCCGAGACUCCUAACAAGGUAUACAACCAGCCAGGCUGCGUUCAAGGAACUGACAAGCCUCGAUAGUAGCCGCCGCUCAAGAAGGCUGAUAAUAGAAAGUAGCUGCUGUCGACGUUAGCUUAAGCGUGAGCUAGCUUAGCGUACGUGGACACGGACAGUUAAGUCGUGUCACCUGCAUUUCACAAACAGGUUCGGUCAGGAGAAAUACUACGAGGAAAGUCUAACCGUCGACAGUUUAAGAGCCGAGUUGCUUGUGUGUGAACAGCGGAGUGGUUAAGGUUCCAUACACGGCGGGUAAAGGAGAGCUUUGUGGCAGAUAGGGCUGCACAGGUUGGCGCUGACAUAGGAAUCUGACCAUGAGAGCACUGGUCCUGGGUGCCUGCAGGCCAGCGUAGGUGCUGGUAUGUUACAGAGGUCCGCAUCCUGAUGGACCGAGACACCUUCUCCCACAUCCGCCUUUGGUGCCCGCGCCCCUUUGGCACCUACUCUCAGAACAAAGCAAGGAGUCCUGGCACGGGGAGCAAUGCUAUAGCUGUAAAUGGGGCAGGGUCUUCCUCCCUCUGCAAAGGCGAUCCCCCGCCUGGUGCCAGGAGGGCGGGCGAUGGAGCAGAAGAUGGGGGCAUUCUGGGGAGCGGGCAGGAGGACAAUGUAGGAGUGGAGGAUGUGGGCUCAGAGAACACGCCACCUGAAUCUGAGCUUAACUCAAGUCCCCUGACCCAGAGUCAGACCCCUAUGCCCACUUCAACCCCUCCAUCACUCCCCUCUUCUGGGUCCCAAAUGGAAGACGGCCGAGUGCUGUUAGAUACCUGGUAUGUCAUCAAACCGGGAAACACUAAGGAGAAGAUUGCCUUCUUUGUGGCACACCAGUUUAGUGGGGCAGGCCACCCCAGACCCAGCGCAAUGAAGGUUAAAGGUAACUGGGCGACUGACUGCAGUAAAGCAAAACGACGAAGGAGAUGCUCGUCCUAUGACCCACCAAACCGUGCCCAUGCCUCGGAAAUACAUCUCAGCCAUGGCUCAACCGAAGCACCCACUAUACCUCCUAGCCCAGAUCAGCCCGCACUCGAUGGGGCCAACGAGACAGACCUGUUGUCAGUGGCUCAGAUGGUUGCUUUGGUUGAGCAGAGGACAGCCAUGGCCCUCCGAGAUAUUGUGGCUGUUCAUGGGACCCACCAGCAACCGCCCUCUCUAACCAGCCACGACCAGGGCCUUACCACACACCAGCACACGCUACUCGAGGGAACAGAAUCGGACCCCACCUCUUUGAGGUUCGUGUCUGACAGUUCAAAAGGUCAAGCUUCCAAAGAGACCAAGGAAUCAUCAUCUCCCAUUCAGACAGACCAGGAGCUCGAGGAACAGCAAGAGUCAUGCCGGGUUGCACAGGCCAUUGCACAUUUUGAGUCCCAGAACCUGGAGAAUCGCCUCCAUAUUGGCGCUGGUUCAGGACUAGGCUUUUCUAAUCGAGAAAGGGAACUGAGGGGAGGAACCGAGCCCAGUAUUGUCACACCUCCUCCACCUGCCAACCACAGCCACGGUGAGGUGAGGAUAGCUUUUCGAGUGUCUAAUCUGGACCCGCGUUCUCAGCUGGAGUCGGCGAGUCGGUCCCGCUGCAUGUUUAUGAGCUGUGGAGGCGGGAGUAACCAGGCUGCAGCAAGGUCAAAAGAGAAAAUCACCUGUGACCUCUACCAGCUUGUCAGUCCCUCAUCAAGAGACCCCAGCAGUCUGCUCCUUGCUGCCACAACCGCUGCCCCCAAACCAGAUGGAGACCUCCAUCCCCCUGACAGACAGGCCUGCGGCAGUCCAGAAACGACCCAGGAGCCUUCUUCUGGAGAGAAAAAAACCGUGGGCGUGGGUAGGGAGCGGGUGACUGGCUUUCACGUGGAAGUAGUGGUCACAGGUGCUGUGGAUCAAUGUGUGUUUUAUGGCAAGGACAGCACAGAGAAUGUGCAGGAGGAGACUGUGUGCUUUGCUAUGCCUGGCGGGGGAGGAGGUGUCACAAGUGUAGCCAGCUCUACUGACCACUCAUCAGAUGAUCCUCCUCCGGGACAGCUCUUUUUUUUCCCACCCCCGCGAGGGGCAGAGGAGGAAUCUAAAGCAACAGGUUCUGGCAGGGCGUCGGGAUUAUGCUCUCUGGACUGUGCACACAGCGGCAACGGCAGCCAGGGAGCAGGGGUGGUUGUGGGCCCGGGAGAGCGGGCGCCUCGACCGGACUCUCCCCUGGCCAGUGUUGGGGAAGAGUGUUCAGAUCCAUCACUGUGUCGCCUCUAUCGCCACGUCUCCCAUGAUUUUUUGGAAAUCCGCUUUCAGAUCCAGCGCUUGCUUGAACCCCGCCAGUACAUGCUGCUGCUCCCCGACCACAUCAUGGUCAAUAUCUUUAGUUACUUGCCAACACGCUCCUUGGCGGCCCUCAAGUGUACCUGCCACUACUUCAAAGUGCUGAUCGAGACCUAUGGAGUGCGGGCGGUGGACUCUCGCUGGAAUCAAGACCCUCUAUAUCGGGAUGACCCCUGUAAGCAGUGUAAGCGCCAUUACGAGCGCGGGGAUGUUUCAUUGUGCCGUUGGCACCCUAAACCCUACCACCAUGACCUGCCUUAUGGACGUUCCUACUGGAUGUGCUGCCGGCGCACAGACAAGGACACUCCAGGUUGCCGUGUCGGACUACAUGACAAUAACUGGGUCCAGCAGCCUGCUGAUGGCUCUCAGCCCGUUCGAUCCAAGAGGGAGGACCGGCAGGAGGAGGCCAGGUAGAAGAGGACAUGUGUUGCCUCCCAGAUACAACACUCAUCUCCUCUCUUUCUUAGUCCAUGCUAUGUCUGCUCCGAUGAUGAGCAUGGAAUCGGAGUACAAAGAGAAGUCAUCACUCCAGGACAUUCUUGAUUCCACCUCUACUCUCGUUGUCAACACAGGGAGGUUGAGCGGAGAAAAAAAGGGAGGUGUGCCACACUCCAUGCCUUUUUGGAUCAAGUCCUACAGAUUUUCUGUCCUCCCGCUGUACUCCAGAGUGGCACCUUUUUCAAAAGAGUGCCUACCAGGGUUGGGGUGCCCUCUCACUGCUGUCAGUUUGCCCCGUUUUAUUGUUUUCAGGAUUACCGCUCAACUCCAUACAUGGUUGUCAACUUGUCACACAGUCACUGUGACAACUUUGCAGUGUAUUUGAUUGAGAUUAGCAUUAAGUGACAAAUAGAAAUGUAAUGCCCUAGAGCCUGCUUACUGUUCUCAGACUUGGUCUACAUUCUGUGUCGCAUCACCAUUUUUCCAUAAUAGUGACACUAUGGAAUCCCACUGGGCUCAGUGCAGCUGAUGUAAGAAAUUACCUGUACCGAAUCCGACAUAUGUAAAACCAUUCAGUGUGGAAUGUUCAGUGUUUCUAUAGAAAUGUGAUUGUAUGUGGCAAACUUGAUACUCCAACAUUCAAGCUUGCUUUUUAUCUGUCCCGCACCAUGCAUUUCUAUUACUCUGAAUGUGCUGUAUUUAUUGUAUGUUGAUCAGACCCCUGAUAAUGCUGCUGAAAUCAUUGCCUGUGUCACUGAUAUUUCUGAAUUAGCCAUAUUAUUGAUGGGAGACUGUCUUGCAUCCAUCAUGUUUUGUGUUUUUUUUUUUUUUUUUUCCAGCUUGGACCCUACCUUAGUUGACCGGCCGUGAACAAAGUACUUUCUGGUUUACAGUAUAUCCUGGGAGAAAUAAUUUAUAGAUUAAGAUCAGUGGGAUCAUGUUGCUCUGUAUGGCUUGACUGACUUGCUUGUUUGCCUUUUUGGGGGGGGUGGAUGUUUUAUUGGGGUGCGUCAGAAUGUUUGCUGUUCCACGACUUUCUCAAUUUUAAUUGGACUCUGUUACCCCUUUAUCGUUCAAUUCCUCUACCCAAGACAGAUUUUUUUUUUUUUUUGGUGUUUUUACUUCAUCGUUGUUUAACUUCCACAUCUCGCUUCUUUUCCUCCUCCGUCCUCCCAAGUCGGCACAUGGCAGUGCCGGCCAAAGCCGCCAAUGCUCUUAGGCAUUAAACCAACUAACACACAGAAACUACACCAGCCUCCAGCCUUAAAUUCCCCUUACCUCUUAAUCACCUUGCAGGAUUGGGGCAUUAGAUGCCUCACAGACGAUCACAAGUAUUGGAAGUUUCGUGGACUUGAUCCAGCCUGCCAGGAUCCGCCUCUAACUCUUAGUAUUGGUGUGAAAGGUGAUCAGUGCCUGGUGACAGCUCUGACUCUUCAUUCAUGCAAAAAAAACAAACCAAAACCCUCCUCCUUAACCCUCUGCCCUGUUUUUUGGAACCCCCCCGUCCCCUAUCCCAACAAGGACAUUAUAGUGAUGCUGAAGCUCUGCAUGAAGGUGGAAAAACAGGUGGGGUAGUCAUGGGAGAUAUCUUUAGGUGUCAGAUACAGUAUAUACAACUCUUGGGGAAUAUCUGCUUAAAUAUAAAAGAGUGAUGAUUAAAACUGGAAAUCCAAACAUUUACAUGGUUUCUGUGUUGUUCAAUGACCUGGAAGACCUGCAAGUAGU